GUGAAAGUCACAAUUCUCUCCGCUCUAGAUAGUUCAGUUUAGAAACCAACAAUGCUCUUAAUCCAGGAAGAACGUGAUCAUAUUUAUUAAGCUAAAAGCACAAAGAAGUGAUCCAAAAACUGUGGAUUUCAGAGUGUUUUCAGAGUGAGAUUUUUUUUAGGCGUUCAUCUUUGUUUUAAUCAUAUCAUUUCUCCAAACUUUAUUCUCAUCGUUGAGCUUUUACCAUUUUGAGGACAAAUAUUAACAAUCAUGGAUUUCUGCAUUAUUUUUGUGCUAAGCACCCUUCAAGUUGCCAUGUCUCUAGAGCCUUUGUUGAUGGACAUGGAUGAUGAUGGGGACUGGGAUAUAACAGAGAUAAAUGAAGGCCUGGAUUUAUUUGAGGGUGACAUCAUGGAAGAAAUGCAGACACAAACAAGGGUAGCCAGGAAUGCCAUUUUGAAUCAAAAACAGUUGUGGGACAUCCCUGUCCCUUAUGUGUUAGAAGCCAACCUUGAUGUAAAUGCUAAAGGAGUCAUUCUGCAGGCCUUUGAACAUUUCCGCUUGAAGACAUGUAUUGAUUUCAGACCCAGACAGUCUGAGGAAUACUACCUUUCAGUCAGACAGAAUCCAGGGUGUUACUCUUUUGUGUCAAGGAUUGUUAAAAGUGGCCAAGUUGUCUCCAUUGGUAGGCGAUGUGAUCACCUUGGUAUUGUCGAGCAUGAGUUUCUCCAUGCUUUGGGAUUUUAUCAUGAACAGUCUCGAUAUGACAGAGAUGAUCACGUAACCAUUAUCUGGAAAAACAUAAAAGACGGAUACCAGGGAAACUUUAGGAAGAUAAGCCAAAGCUUAAGAACAACAUUUAACACUCCAUACGACUACCUCUCAGUGAUGCACUACGGAAAAAAGGUUUUUUCUAAAAACACGGGAGACACGAUUGCCACUAAGCUACCUGAGUAUCAGGACAAAAUCGGCCAGCGAAUGGAAAUGAGCUUCUUUGACAUGUACAAGUUGAAUCGCCUUUAUAACUGCAAUGCAUCAAUUACUAUUGUGGAGCAUUGUAACUUCAGUGUUGAUAUCUGCGGGAUGAGCUGUUGUGAAAAAGGUUUGGCCAAAGGUUGGAAGAGAUUGAGCAACACUGCAGGAGAGCCAUUAACUGACCACACCACCCUGACCAACCCUGGAGGUUAUUUCAUGCAUGCUAGCACAGCUUCAGGUCAUGAGGGUGACUCAGCCUGGCUGGAGACCAACAGGAUGAAUCCCACUGGAACAUGUAACAUCCAGUGUCUCCAGUUCUACUAUUACCACAGUGGAAGUGAGUCGGACAAGCUCAACAUUUGGAUCAGAGAGUUCCAAGAUGAGAGGGAGUCAACAGGAAAAAGGCGCCUCAUGGGUCAGAUCACUGGUGAACCAUCAUUUAAAUGGACGUUUUACAAGGUGUCCCUGAAUGCUACCAAGCCUUUCCAGGUCGUGUUUGAGGUGCGUAAAGGAAACGAAGAGUCUUCAGGAGGCUUUUCCAUUGAUGACAUCAACCUGUCUGAGUCUGGGUGUCCACAUCAUGUCUGGGAAAUCUCGGAUUUCGAGAGUCUCUUGACAAGCACUGACUACAAUAGUUAUCUGCUCAGCCCUCGGGUGUACUCUCCUGAAGGCUAUGCUUACCAGAUGUUGAUUGCUCUACGAGAAACCUUCUUUGGAGUGUAUUUUCGUUUAGUGUCUGGAGACUAUGAUUCAACACUCCAAUGGCCGUGCCCAUGGAGGCAGGUGACCUUUAUCAUGCUGGACAAGAACCCAAACAUUCAACAUCAAAUGUCCAAUCAGAUCACUCUGACAACUGAUCCAACUUACACUGCAUUUGACAACCCUCGUAUGGUUGGAAGACAAAUCCAAUGGAAUGAAGAGUCUCUUUACAUGAACCCAGCCUAUGGAGUGAACUCGUUUCUCUCCUUGGAGCGAAUCAGGAGCCGGGACUUCCUGAAGGAAGGCACUGCUGUAUUUCUCUUCUCAAUGGAGGCUAUUUCAAACCUGCAGCAUAGCAGCUCGCUGCCUUGCCCAAAACAUCCACCAAACAAAUUCACAACCACACACUCAGACAACUCUGACCAAGGUCCAUGCAACGUGACGGGUUGACACAAAAGCUGAUAUGGGGCUGAAGCAGAUGUUCCUUGAAGUGUUAUCGCCUCAAAAUGUCAAGUUUUACUUUAUUUGCUCGCCUUGUAGAUAUCUAUGUAUCUGUUAGGAAGAACAAAUAGAUUGAAUUGGAAAAGUGCAUCCUCCUUUGCUGCAGUUAACGGAUCCUUGUUGUUGAAAUCUUCACGUAUAAAGUAAAAUAUAUAUAUUUUAUCUUC